GCGGCGGCGAGGACGGCGGCGACGGCAGCGGCCGAGGGGGCGGUGGCUGCGAGGGGGGUGCGGAGCAGGCGGAAGAGGCGUCUGUGCCGACUGCUGAGCCGCAGCGGAACAUCGUUGGGAUCAGCGACUAUCGUCUCUUCUACAAGAUGAGUAACAGCCACCCCCUUCGCCCCUUUACUGCAGUGGGGGAAAUUGAUCAUGUGCACAUUUUGUCUGAACAUAUUGGUGCCUUGUUGAUUGGGGAAGAAUAUGGCGACGUCACAUUUGUUGUGGAAAAGAAACGUUUUCCUGCCCACAGGGUAAUUUUAGCAGCGAGGUGCCAAUAUUUUCGAGCAUUACUGUAUGGCGGAAUGCGAGAAUCUCAGCCUGAAGCAGAAAUCCCUCUCCAGGACACCACUGCGGAAGCAUUUACAAUGCUGCUUAAAUACAUCUACACCGGGCGGGCGACGCUGACAGAUGAGAAGGAGGAGGUGCUGCUGGACUUUCUGAGCCUGGCUCAUAAAUAUGGAUUUCCGGAGCUGGAGGAUUCUACCUCUGAGUAUCUCUGCACCAUACUUAACAUUCAGAAUGUCUGUAUGACUUUCGAUGUGGCCAGUCUCUACUCCCUUCCCAAGUUGACUUGCAUGUGCUGCAUGUUUAUGGACAGAAAUGCUCAGGAGGUGCUCUCAAGUGAAGGCUUCCUCUCCCUUUCUAAGACAGCACUUUUAAACAUCGUAUUAAGAGAUUCAUUUGCAGCUCCCGAAAAAGAUAUUUUCCUAGCCUUGUUAAACUGGUGUAAGCACAAUUCAAAGGAGAAUCAUGCUGAAAUCAUGCAGGCUGUGCGUUUACCUCUGAUGAGCCUCACUGAGCUUCUGAAUGUUGUAAGGCCUUCGGGACUGUUGUCUCCUGACGCCAUUCUGGAUGCCAUUAAAGUUCGGUCAGAGAGCCGGGAUAUGGACCUCAAUUACAGAGGCAUGCUCAUACCAGAAGAAAACAUUGCAACUAUGAAGUAUGGAGCCCAGGUUGUAAAAGGGGAGCUGAAGUCUGCCUUAUUAGAUGGAGAUACUCAGAAUUAUGAUUUGGAUCAUGGAUUUUCUAGGCACCCAAUUGAUGAUGACUGCCGCUCUGGCAUCGAGAUUAAGCUAGGUCAGCCGUCCAUUAUCAAUCACAUACGGAUACUCCUGUGGGACCGGGAUAGCCGGUCUUACUCAUACUUUAUUGAGGUGUCCAUGGAUGAACUUGAUUGGAUCAGAGUGAUAGAUCAUUCGCAAUAUCUCUGUCGUUCUUGGCAAAAGUUGUAUUUUCCAGCCCGUGUCUGCAGGUAUAUUCGAAUAGUUGGGACUCACAACACAGUGAACAAGAUUUUUCACAUUGUGGCUUUUGAAUGUAUGUUUACAAACAAAACCUUCACCCUGGAGAAGGGGCUGAUAGUUCCCAUGGAGAACGUUGCAACAAUUGCUGAUUGUGCCAGUGUGAUUGAAGGAGUCAGUCGGAGCCGAAAUGCCUUGCUGAAUGGGGACACCAAGAAUUAUGAUUGGGAUUCUGGCUAUACAUGUCAUCAGUUAGGAAGUGGUGCCAUUAUGGUUCAACUAGCACAGCCAUACAUGAUCGGGUCAAUACGGUUAUUACUCUGGGACUGUGACGAUCGAAGCUAUAGCUACUACGUUGAGGUCUCCACCAACCAGCAACAGUGGACCAUGGUAGCCGACAGAACUAAAGUCUCCUGCAAGUCCUGGCAAUCAGUAACUUUUGAAAGACAGCCUGCCUCCUUCAUCCGAAUCGUUGGAACACACAACACAGCAAAUGAGGUGUUCCACUGUGUCCACUUUGAGUGUCCGGAGCAGCAGAGCAGCCAGAAGGAGGAAAACAGCGAGGAGCCGGGGACCGGGGACACCAGCCUGGCCGGUCAACAGCUCGACCCCCACGCCCUGCAGGCCCCCAGCGGCAGCUCGCUGCCCUCCAGCCCGGGCUCCAACUCGCGCUCGCCCAGCCGGCAGCACCAAUAAAGGAGGCAUGCAGAGGCGAGAUCCACUGUCCCCCCAAGCAGGGAUCUUUCUGACUGCCCCCCACCCCCCAGAGGAGCAGACCUGGCUGCAAAAGCUGACCCAGAACAGGUUUUCUCCCAAGGACAGAAAGGGGCUGCAUUGUUCUCCUCAAUUUGUUCAAAUCAGGCUGGUCUCCAGGGGAAGAAAAUGGGUCUUCAGUCUUCAUCAAGCCCACCAGUAACACCCUACCUCUCUAAUCUAAGCCAGGCAAGGGAACAGAAGGAAGGCAUAGACAGGCCCUCAGCGGAAUACUAAACAGCACGUGAACGCUCGAAUGGAAGAGUAUCUCUCCGUCCUCUGUUACCUAGAGGCACCCUUGAGGAAUUGGGUUUCGUAGAGUGUUUACUGUUAGGAGCACAUUGUCCUGGCAACUAAAUAACUUUUUAUUUCUUUUAGUUAUUUUCCACUUGCUGAAUCAUAGGAGUUCCAGAUCUUGUUGAAAUGCUCAAACAGCAAAUCACUUGUUUUAAUCCCUUUUGAGCUCUAAUUUUCCUUCCCUAGUUUGGAACGUGUAAGCGUGGGGUACAGCCGAGAAAUACUGUGCACAUCUCCUCAAUGAGGCUCUGGUGCAGCUCAGUACGGCACCUGACAAGGAAACCCUUUGAGGAAAUUCAACAAAAUGCACAAUGAGCAAAUCAACCCACGGACACUGGAGUUAAUAAUCACUCGAAUUGCUGAGUUAUUAACCUGUCAUUCCUGAAAUGUAUCCAGCCUUUAAGCUUGGGAGGCUGACAAGGAAAUAGUUAUGAUGCCACCUGCUAAUUUAAGGUUCAGAAUUACAUGUAUAUAAAUCUCUACCAACUGUCGGUUGGGCGGGACCUGCCCGGGAACGGCCCCAGGUUAGCCGAGCGGUCAGUGUUGGGAAUAUAGGGCCAGGCCUUUGCCGCACGUGUGGCUGAUUGGUGGUUGCUGUGUUCCCCCAGACCCCAGUACUCAACCCGGGAUUGGAAACAAGCGGGUCUAAGAGCUCUUCUCCUAAUCCUCAUCAAAACGAUCUCCUCUGACUGUGUAGCUGAGUCUGGCUCCGCUAUGUCUCAGUAAUUUGCAGUCCAGUGCUAACUGCCUUUGUAACUGGAUCAGAUUCUUGUCUGGCUUUGCUUAUCUCCAGAGUUUCCUGUUGGCUGUUGGUGGCUGUCGCAGUCAGCUCCACAUGAGGCCCCCCAAGUGAGCAGCACGGUGUCCCUGAGUCCUCCACACACAGGCUCUAGUCCUCUGCGUGCCCUAUGACCUCGCUUAGAAGGAGGGGUGGGGUUUACGGGGAGUGGGCUUUCUUUCUGGUCCUUUCUGGUGUCUCAAAGACACAUUGGUUGUGGGUGUACAAAGAGCCAGUGGGUCAACUGACUAAAUGUCUUCUCCUCGCAUAACUUAGUUUCUAGUGAGUUUCAGUGUUGGAAUGAUAGGGUGGCAUCAAACUGCAUGAACGAACAGGAAGGUGGUCUUUCUGUUCACACACAGGCCGGGAAGGAGAUAGUCCUGGGGGAGGAGGAACCGCUGGGCCAGCCUUCUCCCCACGUCCCCAGAGCUCCGAGAGUCUCCCUCUGUGCCCUCAGCUCUCUGCUCUCUGUCCACUUCUCCACUGUGGGCUGGGCGGAACCCCUGAGGGUGCCAGGCAUUUCCCAGUGGGAGGGGCUCCUGUAGCAAAUGGCGGUGCCAUGGCUCACAGUGAGUGGCCGCCCUCCAUGGCUUGGCCGCUGCCUCUGUCAGCAUCCAGCCCCCAGUCGCCAAUUAGCGCCGAGGAUUCCUGCCGACUCAGCACCUCCUUCAGCAGUGUACUCGCUGCCCCAUGGGGACAAGAGGAGACAGAGAAGUCAGAGCGAGGGCGGAGUUCACAUGUCUCGAAAGUAUCAUGUAUUCAAGGGCUUCUUUUUAAAACUUUGAGGUCACCUGUCCAGAGAGGAGCCCCUAGGCUUGGAGGCCAGCACUGCUGACCUGCGGAAAUGGGGAGUCGGCUGGGAAGGAUCUGGAAGAGUUGACCCCACCCUCUAUCUCCAGACCUUUCAGUUCCUCUCCCCACGCAGCACGCGUCGCCGUUCUAGGCACAGGUAACUAAGUGCCAGCCUGGCAGCUCAGCUUCGGGUGGCCUGCCUCCUCCCUCGCAUCUCCUGUGAACUUCUGAUUUGGGCAGCUGGAGGAUUCUUUCUGUAUGCCUGGCUGGGUCAGGGCCCUCUGGAGGGGGCCUGGAGACCCCAGUGGAGUGUGUCACACCAGACACUCCCAGGACAAGGCCUGGGUCUCCAGGGAAUGAGGGAUGAGUGGGCAGCCAAGAAGAAGUCCCCAGGUGACUGGCAUUCUCCAGAGCCCUGGCUGGUCCCAAGGAGGACUUCUGCCCUGGAGCAAACUGGACCAAAAAGGCCCCAAAACCUGAAGAGACCAAGGGAGCCAAGUGGGAGUGCAGAGGCUGAGAUGGCGGGUGCGCAGCUGGAGGGUCCCCAGCACCCUCAGGGUCUUCAGCGCAGCAGAGGGUGGAGGCGGUCCUGCUGGGAGCUGUGGGUGUGAGGAAGGAGACGCCAAAGCUGAGCAGAGGGGACAGGGGCAGGAGGGCACAGCCCGUGUGGUGUCUCGUUUGAGGAGGGGUCAGGGGAGGCCAGACUCCCAGCAGAGACAGACAGAGGGGGCUUUGUUGUGAUGCUGCUUCAUUACAGACUGGGAGAUGACACCUUGGUAACCAAGCCUAGCUCAAGAAACAACACUGCAGAAACCCCUGCUCUUCGUUUCAGAUCAUGUUUUUUGGGAGAGUAAAAAACAAAUUCUCUGGGGCUUUUGGGGAAAGCCUUCAAAGCCACCUUCGGGCACCUCCUGGGAGGGUCGGGUAGGGCGGCACUGAGCACAUCAGGCGACGCGUGUGCCCUGUGGGGCGUGUGCUAGGCAGGAUGUGUGCUAGGCAGGAUGUGUGCCCGGCAGGUUAUGUGCCAUGAGGGGCUGGCGCCCAGGUCAAGGCGCCUUAAAGGUGGGGUUGCUGCUCAGCACUUUGGACUCGAGACAGGUGUAAUAGUAUAACACACACACAGACACACUGUCCCAUAUUCUUAGCGCUUUUUCUGUUUUUCUUCUGGUUUUAGUUAGAACCAUGGGCCCAUCAUGGAUGUGGGUCUCUUCUCAAUUGCUCUUUAAAUUGUCACUUUUUUAAUCUUAUUAAAUGAAGUGUCAAUUCCUGACAAAUACAUUAAAAGUGUUUUAUUCCUAGAAGAACUGGGAAAAGAAAUUAUUUUCAGCAAGAGUGGGAUGUGUUUGUUAGACUGACUCCUUGGCAAAAAAAAAAAAGAGUUCUCAAAUUGUGCAAAAAAUUGCUCAGUAGUUAAGCUGUCGCCCCAAUUGUCAAACUGCUGUGCUGACGGCGCCAACCCAGUCAACUUCACCUUUUUUAAUUUAGAUGAUAACAAAACAGUAAUCACUUACUCUUUCUAGAGACUCGGAAAAAAGGAGGGUGUGAUCUGUGAUGACAGGCAGAGCCUCUGAGAGCCGAGGCCACUUGGUCAUGGAGAGAGGGACGCUCCCCACUGCCCGCCUGACUUCAGAACCUCCCUCUGGACAAAGAUGUCCAAAGAGGAGAAGAAAAUUAAAUUUGUCUCCUUCCAGGGGUUUUUCUCAUUAAGGUUUGCUUUUCGGCGUUAUCAUCUUAAUCCUGCCAUCUGUGCAGGUGGCCGGUUCCUCUGGAUACUGCCCCGGUGGCCAGGGGAGCGGGCCGGGCAGGGCGCCGGCCAUGGCCGUGGCUGCAGUGGUCAGGCCAGGCUCCAUUUACUUUUGCAGCUGCAGCUGUCGAUCCUGUGUGUUUGUCCUGAGAACAGCUCCAGCAGGAGUUCAGUGCUCAUUAGGGGCCCUAGGGAUUUAAAAUACAGGUCAUGGUUCUGCACCACCAUGGUUUUAUUAUUAUAAUAUUAAAUGAGAAGUUAUCCUGGUGCCUGGUGUCUGCUCAGGAGUUUCUGGAAGAGGGGAAGGGACUGGUUUAGACAGCAUGCAGGGCAACUAGGAUGCUCCCGCUUCUCCGCGAAGUUGCCCCGGUCAUCCCUGGAUACUGUCCAGGGUUCUGAGGCCCGGCUGUAUGCAGAGAAUGGAUGGAGAAGGCGGCGAGAAGCAUUUGGUUGGAGGGCAGACUGGCUUCCGAUACCCCCGGGGCCUGGCCCCUCGUGGGGCUGUGGGAGCAGAGAGAGGACAUGUGGUUCUGCUGGUUUCCAUCAGACUGGCCAGGGCCCAUGGCUUCCUGCUGCGCCUGGGGUCUCACCCGUGCAGACGUGGGGAGCUGCUUGGGUGACUGCACGCCCCCCAAACACCCCACAUCCCUUCAGUCCCUGCUGCACCACUGCGCGCCGGAGCCGCCCCAUUGCAGAGGUGGGGAGCAGGAGCACAGAAGAGCCCCCACACGCACCUUGUUUGGAAAUCACUGUUCUACCUCUUUUUAAAUUACUCAUUUAAAAAUUAAAGUAAUAACACUCAUGGAAUAACGUUCCCACCAAGCAGAGGGGGCAAGAGUGCCCUCCCUCUCAUUCUGGCCCCCAGUCACUCCUGACCUGGACCUGGCUCGUCAAGACCCGUGGCAAUGUGCCCCAGCCUCUGCCCCCAGCAUCCGUCCCACCAGCACCCUGGCCUCUCCCAGCCCGAAGGGGUCCUCCCACUCCAUCAGGUUAGUUUCUUGUCUUUUCAAAGAACUGAAAUAUUCCACCAGAGGCCUCAUGGCCUGAAGACUCACCAUCAUCCACUUGUAAUUCACUAUAAAAGUCUUGAGCAUUUAGCAUUUGCAUCUUGAGUAUGUAUAGCCCUGAGCCCAGGAGGGUGAGGAGGAGGCCUAGCACCCUACCCCUGUCUCCACUAUUGUCUCCUGCUCCGCCAUCACUGCAGCUGGGACAGCUGAAGAAUGCCACCUUUGAGAGCCAGUGGAUGGUCACUCCGUCCCACGUAGAGGUGGAAGGUCCUGAAGCAGAGGCCCUGGGCCUCUGCACAGAGCAGACAGCGCUACCCUGAGCGAAAGGCGUGGAGGGAAGUGGGAAGGAGGGUCUGCGAGGCCUGCAGGGUGGGGAUCUGGGCCCUGGGCCUGGGUUUCCGUGGACACCCUGGGAACGCUGGUGACAUUGACUGUUACAGUCUCACCAAAUAGCCGCCUCCUACCAAGUGAACCCUGGGGUUUGUGGCCUGGGAAGGUGAGGGCGCCUGAGCAGCAGUGGGGUAGAGGGGACCAGUCUGUCAAGGUCGCCAUGCCCGUCCCUGGGCGGAGGUAGCCUCCACUUUCCACCUUGGGUGCACAGAGCAGGCUGGUCCUCUCCAUGGUUGCUUCUAGCCCCAGAUUCCCGGGUUUGUUCCCAGUCCACCCCUCCUUCCACCUGGGGCCUCAGGGUGGGGCAGUGCCCCAGCCCAGCUUCUACAGGAGUUGUUCCCAGAGGCCUGCCCCAGGCAACAGGGUCUUGCUGGGCCCCCCAGCAAGGGGCUCACCGGGUUGAUGGGGCAGGAUGCUGACAGCGAAAUCUGAGAACCUUGUAGGAGAGGACAGCAGGGAGCACAGUGCUGGCUGACCUGAGCCAGGGCUGCUCAGGCCUUAAGGAACAGAGGACCAGGCGGAGCUCCCCAGGGCCGUGGGGCCUUGCCUCUCCCAGCCUCUCUCCACCAGAGGGCAGCUCCAGUUCUCAGAACUCCCCUCCAGAAGUGGUCUUCUGAGAGGCAGUGCCCACUCAGGAACAGCCAGGAAUCUCCCCAUCAGGCUCUCCCCAGCACUGAGGUCCCAAGGACAUCCUGCCCCCAGCACCUGGGAAAGCCAGAGGAGCGAGGCCUCAGGCUCAGCCUCUGGACCGGGGUGUGGGGAGGGGGUGACAGCCUCAGGGUUGGCGUGGGGCUCGCCCACAAGCUACUCUUGCCAAACGUGUGGAUAUUCUGAAUUCACCAGAGAAUGUGAGCCUCCUCUGUCUUGGGGGUUUCUGGGCUUGCAAAGGUUGAUGGAUGCCAUCCCCACACCCCUUCGCAGGCCUCUGGAUGUAGGAGGGUGGGGGCCGUGCUGCGCCUGAGGGGAUUGGCUCUCCUAAGCCAUAGGUAAAGGAGGGCUCUCUCCAGAAUGCUACAGAAGCCCAAAGGGCAGUGUUGCUGUUUGGAAUAUGUAUUAAUUUGUGGGCAGGAUGCAGCUUCUUCCUCAUUUUGCAGAGCAACCGAAGUGAGCAAAUAUAUGAAUUCUAUGUGUUUGAAACAACCCCUAAGUUUGUGUCUUUGAGACUGCUGCUGUGGGUUUCCUUUUAGAAAUAAAGUGAUGACUUCUCGUGC